AUGGAUGAAACUACACGAAAUAGACUACUCAAGAGGUACAAAACCCAGGUAGCCUCUGGGACUUCUACCGUCUGCGCUACUCUAGCUGUGACCCCUCUCGAGAAUGUCAAAACUCGCAUGCAAACGCACAACUUCCAAAACGUAUUCCAGUGUGUUCGAUAUCUCUGGCGAACCGAAGGUCCUCGUGGAUUUGUUGCUGGUGCUCUACCUCCUCUUGCCAGCGUCACAGCAGUCCGGGUUGUGAACUUUACUACCUACAAUUCUGCUAAACAUCGCAUAUCCGACUUUAUCGAGGGAAUAACGGGUCAAUCUCCCUUGGCCAUAUACAACAAACCCGGCAGCGCCCCUACUGUCUCCACGAUUUUUACUUUCAUCACCGCGGGCUGCAUUGCCGGAGCGAUAACCUCUCCACUCGCUUGCCCUUUCGAACUGGCCAAGAACGUGGUUCAAACAUCUGUCCUCGUAUCAAAUCGUGCCCAAGCUUCCCCAGACGCUGUGAGAGACCACUCGUUGCGGCACAAGCCCCGCCUGGGAACCGUCCAAGCUAUCAGGCAGAUCGUACAGCGGUACGGAUUCAGAGGUUUGUACACGGGAUUCUAUCUCCAUGCGAUGCGUGAUACCGUUGGGUCUGGCCUGUAUUUUGCGGUCUAUGAAACGGUCAAGCAGGUUGCAGCCAGGGAGCUUGGGCCUGAUAAGUCUCCAUUUGGUGCACCCAUGAUUGCCGGCGCAAUCUGCAGCACUGUACCUUGGUUUUGCACAUAUCCGCUUGACACACGCAAAACGCGCGCGCAGAGCGUACUUCUCGGAAAGACGAAGGAAGUCGGCGAGGCUUCCGCCGCAGUUGCACGGUCCAGCAUGUAUAAAGGACUGUCCAUUAUUUUGAUCCGCACUGGGGUGAAUAACAUGAUUUUGCUCAGCAUCUUCGAAUAUAUUAAGAUGCGCAUCAACGAGCUGGACGGAUGA